GCAUGUCAUUCAUUUCAUUCAUAUCGUUAUCGUGUUGUGUAAAAUUGCGAUCACAAGCAGGGUAUUCCAAUCAUUAUAAAAUUACCAUAUUUGUCGUAAAUAACUGUGUGUUCUUUGUUUGACGUAUUUGUUUAUUGUUCUAAAGGUUUUAGUUAGAGACAUUGUCAUUCAGGCAUAAACACUUUUAAAGUUACGAAAUGUCUAGGAAAGGACACACUUACGUUAAUCCUAACAAACUGUUCGAGGAGGACGACGUUGACGAUGACGAAUUCGUGGAUAGUUUUAGAUCAAGAAUCCCAGCACCACAACCCAGUAAACCGCCAGUCAACUCUCACGGAAGUCACAUCGCAGCGUUGGAACAACAACGACAAGCUAUGUUGCAAAGACAAAGAGAAAUCGAACAACGAACCUUGGAUUCAUCUGCGCGAAGCAUAGGGCUGUUACGCGAAUCCGAGCAGAUUGGUAUCGCUACUGCUGAAGAGCUCACGCGACAGCGAGAGCAACUACAAAACACGAACAAACGCCUCGACGAGAUCAACACCAAUUUGAACUACAGCCAGAAACAUUUGAAUGGAAUUAAAUCUGUGUUCUACGGACUUAAGAACUAUAUCUCCGGAAAAUCUGACCAGACCCCGAAAAGCCAAGCUUCUCCCAGCACGAAUGCGGGCCCCAGCAGCACCAGGCUAAAUGAAACAAUAGACAAUUUAUCACAAACCGCCAACAAUGAUCACUUCAGGUCGCACCCCUCCACUCGCUUGCGUGAGCUAGACGCUCAAGUUGCUGAACCUAUCACUGACAGCCAGCGUGUCAACAAUGUGUUGGAUGCCAACCUUGAUGAAAUGGUGCAAGCUAUAUCUCGACUCAAAGGCCUUGGAAUUGCCCUAGGUGAUGAAAUUGAACAACAAUCUGAACUCAUUGAUACAAUUCAAGAUAAGGUUGAAAUUGCUGACAUUAAGGUUGGCAAACAAAACAAACAGAUGAAUAAACUCCUUGGUCUCUAAAACAUUCCUAUGGUUUCAAGAACUGCAAUGUAAGUUAACUAAACUACUGGUAAAAAGGGGUGAAUAGAAAUGACUGGGAUGAAUUCAGUCAACAUUUUGAUAGGGUUCCUGCUUUUUGUGAUGUUACAUGUUUAUUUUUGUAUGAAAACACUUUUUUUUAAUAGAUGGCUUUAGUAAAAAUUCUUUCAUUUUUUUAAAGCUGCAGAACUGUAUCAAAAUCUUUGUUUCUAUUCAACCAGUGAUAUCUAUCCACUGCACUUUACUGUACAUCACUUUUACAAUUGUUAGGAUUAGCAAAUACUGUAUGUAUAUUUGCUAUGUAAGAAGAAUAUCGAUUUUAUAUGUUUGUUUACGUUUGAGAGCCCUAAAUUUUAUACUCUUGAUUGGAUCUGUGUCCUGAAAUGAUUCUAUAUAAAUAUACUUACUGGGCUUAGUAUAAUUAAAGUUGUGUGUUUGUUAUACCAUGGGCUAUGAGAAAUUAAAUUUUUAGUAAUAUGAAUGGAAGGUGUAUUCAGUAUACAGUAUAUUCUUAGUUAUAUGUUAGAAUGCAAAAAGCAGCAAAAUUUGCAGUUGAUUAUAAAAUAUUGAUAUUAAUGGUGCAUGUUGACAACUUAGAUGAAACAUGUGUAAUUUCCUUGUUUUUUUUUUUGUUGUAGAUUAUAAAUCGAUCACUAUUAUAGCUUUUAGUAGGAAAAUAUGUAGUAACUAUAGAUAUUUUUGUAUUGUGUUGCAGUAAAUGGUUUGAAUUUGACCAAUAAUAUAAUCUUUGUUUAGCAAAUUAUUAGAAACCAAAUAUUUUUUUUGUAGGCUAAAUGGUUUGGGAGUACCUACUUUUUGAAGUUAUUAUUAUUUUUGUAAGUUAUAUUUAAUGUUUAUGUUUUCCAAAACAAAUAGCAAAAUUGUUUACUAAUAAUCAGAAAUAGCCUUAUCAGGAAAGCUAAUUAAACCCAAAUACAUGUAUCAAAUUAGAAUCAGUAUGUUAAACAAGGUCAUCAUAAAAAGUAGUGCAUGAACCAAACAGUUACUAUGAAUGAAUGAUGUAUUAUUAUUAUUAUAAUAAAAUGUUCUUACUAA